AAGUGUCAAUUCUGAUUGAAGUGUAUUUGAAGGAAUUGUGUCAUAAUGGUCACAGAUGGUUUUGUGAUGAAGAAGGAAGCGUUUUGUCGGUGACAGUAUCUGAGUUUAAAACUUAUUAGUGUUUUAUUUAAUUACUUUUGUAUGGAAACUUGAGAGAAGUGUUACUUUAUAUAGGUAAAUAAUUCCAGUUGUGAAUAAUUGUGGUACAUAAACACUUAACCAAAAAUGGCAGUAUCCAUAGAUUCAAUUGCAUAUCUUUUUCUUGUGGCACUUUUAUGGGGUGCCACCAACCCAUAUAUUAAGAAAGGAGCUGAAGGUUUAGAGAAUGUGAAAGCAUCUUCGAAGUUCAAACAGUUUUUUAAAGAACUUGCAUUCCUACUUACAAAUUUGAAGUACAUUAUACCAUUUGUCAUCAAUCAAAUUGGUUCUGUGUUGUACUUUUUACUGCUGGGUGGUACAGAUUUAUCAUUGGCUGUUCCAGUUACCAAUUCUCUUACUUUUGUAGUAACUGCAAUAACAGGCUGGAUGUUGGGUGAAGAAAAGAUACACAAAAAUACAUAUAUUGGAAUGACACUGGUAUUGGUUGGAACAAUUCUUUGUUGUUGUGAUAAAGUAGAGGAGACUGUAUUAUCUUAAUUAUAUUUAAUACUUUAUUGACUAUAAUAAAGACAUAUAUGUAUAUGUUGAACUAUCGUUAGUACUGAAAUUACCUUUAAAUUUCCCAGAUAAAAUCAUAUUUAAACUAAGAUUAAGUUGGUUGACACAGUGUGAGUCCAUGAAAUGUAUGAUCCAGAUUUAAGAGAAUACUAUCAGCUUUCAAUUUUAGUAUAAAUUUGUUGAUUGAACUGUUUGGAAUUAAUCCUCCCCAAGGAUACAUCAGAAAGUUGAUCAAAUAAGAAAGCAACAUUUAACACAUAUCAGACAAAGACAUGCACAGUUCUGGAAAGACACGUUAUCCAAUGAAUACACA